AUGUCCUCAGCAGCCAGAAUCGUCACCCUCCGGCGUCUCGAGAUAAUUGCCUUCCCACCAGCCUUGAUCCUCCUCAUCGCCCACGGGAUAGCAUCCGAGCGAGCCUUCCCGGCCUUGGGUCUCCUCCCACUCGCCGCCUCGGCCCUCCUUGGCCUCUUUGUCCUCAACCGCGAUGCCGUCGCCGCUCUCGGCUCACCGAUCCAAGCCCUCUCCGAAUCCAAUAUCUUCUGGGCCGACUGCCUCCUCGCGGUCUUCCACCUCUCGUUCCUGAUCCCGAGUUGGAUUCUCCUGACGGAUCCGUGGCAUGAGCCACUUAUUGUGCUGGGAACGUAUUGCACUGUAUUCAUGAUGUUUGACUUGGGCGUCCAUUUGUACAUUGUCCUACCGCAGGCUCUUCAUUUUCUCGUCAGUCGCAGCUGCGAAUGUCCUCACUGCCGAAGUGUCUCCAAGACGGGCUUCUUCUCGUCUACCGUUUCCGAGUAUACACCACUUAGCGAUGGCGAUGAGCCAGAAAUGGAAGCUCGGGAUCUUGAGGAGGGUAGCGGGUCUCGGCGCCUUUGA